AUGCGCUAGCUUGCUCAACAAGCCCAACCAUUGGGGUAGAAGCUUCGCUCAGAGCUAUCCAGAAAACCACCACGAAAAGCUCACAACAUCAAAACCAAGAACCUCUCCAAACAAAACAAAGCAGCAUCCUGUCACAACACAAAAAUCUCACCCUCAAAAACAAAAUCAUCAAAAUGAGUUCCAACCAGACCCAAACCACCGCCUCGCAGACCACAUCCACUCAAGAACAAGAUGUUCGCCUCUACAUGCCCUCUCUUGGAAUGUUCAAGGCGUGCAGUUUGACUCUUGGGUUGUUGGUUGGUGCAUUCAUUUAUCUCAGUACGCUUGGAGCUGAAUUCGUCGCUGUCAUGGUGUUCGGAAAAGAAAUCCUCGACAAGAGCAACAACGAGCUGGUCCUCUUCUCUCUCGGAUGGAAUCUGGUCACGACUUGCAUUGCUCUUGUUGUCUUGGCCACCUUACGCCGCCUCGUCGCAACAGUCUUCACCGCAACUGUUUCAGAGUCUCGUUCCCAGGACAAUAUUGACAAUCUUUCCUCCGAGCUGCUCGCUUACGUGGAGGGACGCUUUGCUGUUGGAGCCUUGGUUGGAAUUUGCAUUUCCUGGAACCUCACCAACAUGGUCCUUGGCAUGCGGCCUCAAGUUAUCCAGAGCUGCAUAAUUUUGGCGGUCGCCUGUCUGUGGUGCAGGUUGACUAUCAUCCUUCUGGCCCAGCCCAGUGAAGCUUUGAUCCACGACGACAGUGAAGAAGGAGAAAGCGCGAAGGAGAUCCAGUACGAGGACGACAAAGCAGAGCCCCUUCUUCGCACAGUUUGAAGUUUUCGUUCCACAAUCUACGGAACUGCACGCCAACAACCACUCAUCUCCCACCAAUCUACUGUCAGCCUCCUCGACAAUCGAAAUCUCUUCACACCAGCCAAAAAGAAAUAGCAACCUACACAAUAAAAGCAGUAACAAUAUGUUUUAAGAAGU